AUUUUUCAGAUGGUGGGCUCUUUGUCUUCACAUUCACUAGUGAUGUACAUUAUUGUAUACUUUGUAACGGGUAUAUUAACACAAUAUUUACCUCCAUCGUUAUUUCAAAACCCAGCUUUGUCUGGAGGCGUCUCUCAGCCAAUGGGAGGUAUGAUGAUGCCAUCGCCCAUGCAAAUCCCAGGCUUUCCUCAACAACGGAUGCCAGUAAUGGUUAUGCCGUUCCAUUCCAAGGUCGCUGAUAAGAAGUACAUGCGGAGAAAGAAAAGGAAGCCAAAGAGAGUCUACGCUGAUUCAGAGUCGACAAGUGGCAGUGAUAGCGAUUGCUCCUCAUCUAGCAACGAACACCUCAGGACUCAGAAGCAUAGGUCUGGUCAUAGAAAGAAAAAGCGUCAAGUUUUAACCCCAGUAAUUUCCUAUGUAACAAGAAACGGGCGUGUUGUCUACCAGAAGAAAAUUAAGAAAGAAAACGCAGGAGACUGGUUAGAGAUUGGAAACAGGAAGAUACCGUCGAGACUGGUGGAAGAAGAAGAGAAGAAGAGUGGUGAAAUGACGAUACGUGAAAUGAAAAACAAAUACGGAAUAAGACACAAUCAUCAUAGUCACGAUGAUUAG